CUCCAAGCCCCCCUAUAAUGCCAUUUUACUCCAAAUAACCGACCGCCAACAUGGAUCGUCCAACCAAGGAUGCGACCGCAGAUGGGGAUGGAAGUACCGAUGUCCAUUGAGCCGAGGCCCGGAGGUGGGGUCAUUAACUACAAGAACAAGAACCAUCGUCCCACGUCUAUCGUCAUCGCUCUACUCCUUCUUCCUCCCCUCAUCUCUAUCCCUUACCAUGACAGAAACUAUGCAAGCCGUCGUUUUCAAGGGCCCCCUGGAGGUCGCCUUGGAAUCGCGUCCGAUCCCCCAGAUCGAGUCCACCGAUGCUCUUGUUGCCGUUCGCUAUACGGCUCUAUGCGGCAGCGAACUGCACGUCUUCCGGGGCCACCAGAAAUCCCCCACCGGAUUCAUCAUGGGCCACGAAUUCACCGGCGAGAUCGUGGCCGUCGGAGCCGAUGUGCAGAAAUUCAAGAAAGGCGACCGCGUCGUCUCCCCGUUCACCGUCAGCUGCGGCGAGUGUUUCUACUGCAAGCGCGGGUUCUCGUCGCGAUGCGCCAAGUGCAAACUCUUCGGCAGCGCCGUGUUAGAUGGCGCGCAGGCCGACUUCGUGCGAGUGCCCCUCGCUGACGCGACGCUGGUCGCGGCCCCGGACUCCAUUGACGAGAAGAAACUGAUCAUGAUGGCGGAUAUCUUUCCCACGGGGUUUUUCGCGGCAAAGAACGCCUUCCAGUCCAUGAGCGAGGCGGAUAUCCGGGACAGUACCGUGUUGCUGUUCGGUUGUGGGCCCGUGGGCAUCUGUGCCCUGAUCAGCGCUCUGGAAUGGAAACCGAAGCAUCUGCUUGCCGUCGACGGUGUGUCAUCUCGCCUGGAGCUGGCAAAGAGUCUGGGAGCAGAGGCUUGGAACUUCCAGACAGAUGGGGAUGGGCUUCGCCAGCGUGUCAUGGAUCUGACGGAUGGACGGGGAGCGGAUGCUGCGAUUGAAGUGGUUGGGCUUAGCCCUGCGCUGCGCACCGGGUUUGAUUUGCUUCGGCCGUGGGGAACCAUCUCCAGCGUGGGAGUUCACAAUGAUGUAAUUCCUUGGACGGGCAAUGAGGGAUAUGGCAAGAACCUGAAGCUGCAGAUGGGCCGGUGCCCUGUUAGGAGUAUUUUCGAGGAAGCAUUGGAACUGCUUGUUCGAAAGCAAGAUGCUCUCGACUGGGCGUCACUCGACAUUCGUCCACUUUCGCAAGCCGUGCAAGGGUAUGACGAUUUCAACCAGAUGAAAUCCCAGAAGAUCAUCUUCGAGGCGGGGAAAUGAUGUAGAUGAAUUAUGAGCUAUGACCAGACCUAGAAAUACCAUUCGAUUAUUU